AUGAAAUUGUUGCUGAUUUUGGUAUCUCUCACAACAACUCUUCUAUAUGUUCGCUCUCUCCCCAUCGACGGCGAACACGGUGGUGACCACGACACAGAUAACCAUUUAUCUGAAAAGAGUGGAGAAGAGGAUCCAUCCGAGAACCAUGAACACCACCACACCAAUCACGAUGCGGAAACAGACACUGAUUCUGUAGAUGAGGAAACACCGGAGGAUUUUCAACUUGAGGAGGUGAAUGAGGAUGAGAAAUGUGAAGAGAAACACACUGAAGGAGAUGAUGACAAAGAGGAACAUGUCGAUGAAGAAACGAAAACGCACAAAAAGAUGUCCUUGAAAGAUCAUGCACAUGAAGAUCAGAAAAUUGGGAAAAGGAGCAUAAGAUAUAGCGAUGAGUUGUAUGAGAAUGAACGGCUGAGGUAUCGCCGGUCUCGUGAGAGCGACGAGGAUAAGUCGGAAGGUCUCGAACAUCAUGAAUUCCAUCCACAUAUCGAAAGAAGACGUCGCGACACACAUGAACAGCACAGUAUAAACAAACGAAGUAGCAGCAGCGAAGAACCUCAUCACCCGUUCAAGAGAUCGUCCGGUCAUCGUGCACCAGGCGGACAUGAGCACAUUAUAAAUAAACGCAAUACGGAAGAUGCAGUUCCCGGAGAAACAGAGGAACUGGAUGAGCCGACGUUUGCAUCCGAUGACGUAGAACAAGUAGAUUCACCCACUGAUUUUGAUAUUAAAAGAAAGUUUCGAAUGUCCGCAUUACUACAAGGAACUCUCAAAAAGCUCCACAUUAGUAAAAAUUUCAAUAAGCCUCUGUGUAUUGGCACUCUAUCAACCGUUCGAGUGAAACGAGUCUCCCGUGCUGGCAGCAGCCAUAAACCGCGGGUGAUGAACAAAAACAAGGGCAACAGUCGAGCCGGCCAAGCCGAUACUGCAGUAGAAAACGAGUAG